AUGGCGCCAAUCUUAGAACACAGUUCGUCCCUGAUGGAUGUUUCGCAUACAAUCAAUGAAAAACAGGAGACGCUCACCGAUAGCAAUCUAUAUCCUCCUUCUAAGGUCACUUAUCCAGAGGGUGGUUGUGAUGCCUGGUUGGUGGUGCUGGGUGCAUGGUGUGGUUUAACCGCAUCGCUAGGGAUCUACAACACAGCCGGUGUGUUCGAGGUCGUUGUCUCCAAAGUACUCUUGCCGGAAUACUCUCAAUCGAUUAUUGGCUGGAUAUUCUCAGGCUACGCCUUCGUGAACUGGGUCUGUGGGGUGCAAGUUGGACCGACCUUUGAUGUAAUGGGUCCACGUCCUCUGAUCAUUGCAGGGACAGUUUGCACGCUCAUCGGUAUUUUCGCGCUCAGCGUUUGUACAGAAUACUACCAGAUCUUUUUGUCAUUCUCCAUCCUAACGGGCAUCGGUUCAUCCCUUCUCCUCACCCCAUCAAUAGGAUGCGUUGCUCAUUGGUUCAUGGAACGCCGCGGUCUUGCCAGCGGCAUAGCAUUUAUCGGGGCCAGUUUCGGCGGUGUUGUCUUUCCUCUGAUGAUACAAGCACUCCUCCCUCAAGUCGGCUGGGGAUGGUCGAUUCGUAUUCUCGCAUUUGUACUGCUCGCGCUUUGCACUAUCAGCGUAACAUUCUGCCGAAGCAGGGUUCCACCGCGCAACGGAGCAGAAACCACGUGGCGGGAUACAUUGCCAGACCCUCGAAUCUUCAUGGACGGCACAGGCGUCAUGGCAGUCACGACUGCGGGACUGGUCUUGACAGAUCUGGCCUACUUCAUACCUAUCACGUACACGCCCAGCUACUACAUCGAUCGACAGCACCUGCCUCAAGAAGAGGCCUUGACGGGAUCAGCGGCGUUCGCAUAUCAGCUGCUCGCCAUCCUCAAUGCUUCUUCGUGUGUUGGGCGGUAUGUGGCGGGGGACUUGGCUGAUCGAUUCGGCCGGUACAAUACCAUGAUUGUCUCGUUGUUCCUCUGCACAGUCUCCGUUCUGUGCUUUUGGCUACCAGAUAUCGUCCUAUCGGAUCUAGAUAGCCCGGCACUCCUGAUUGCCUUUAUAAUACUAUUCGGGCUCUGUAGCGGUUCAAACACUAGUCUGACCCCGAUCUGUCUCGGCCAGCUUUGCGAAACACACGACUAUGGCCGAUACUACGCGAGCUGCUUCACGGUAGUGUCCUUUGGGGUGUUGGCAAGUAUCCCUAUCGCAGGGAGCCUUCUGAAUGCGGUGGAGGCUACCGGGAAAGAAAAAUACUGGGGCACCGCACUUUUCGCGGGACUCAGCUAUGUGGCGGCUUCGCUGUGUUUUCUCUGGGUCAGGAUCAAAGUAAAAGGGUGGGAUUGGAGGAUCAAGUGGUAG